CCUCACGCUUCUUCUUCGCCAGCGAAAGUCGAGAGACUCUGGAGAUCUGUGGUUAGGUCCCCAUAAAAUAGCACACUUCGGAAGCCAGCUAUUAACAGAACUCUUGCUGCAACCCAAGUUGGGACAACGACAGUACGCGUACCAAGCUUAUUACCGUACGAAGCCAAAACAAACCAUGUCGGACGAAGACACGCUGCAGUCUCGACUCGAAAACGCUCGAAGAGGCGAAUUGAGCUCUGGCGCUUUGUUUCCGCUCAUGCGCGAACUGUUUCUUGCGAACAGAGAAGAAGAUGGAAACGAAGUGCUGAAGAUUUUACAAAAGGAGAGAGAUGGGCUGGCUAAGGAAAAGUAUGAAAACGCACCCGCUGUGGCUAGCUCCAUUGAGAACAUCUAUCAAGGAGGAAGGACCCUACCACCACUGAAACUGAACAGUAAUGUUGCGCCGAGCAUCAAAGGACAUUACUUGAAAGGCAUGGAGCCCCAGAAAGCAAUCUACAAGAAAGAAGCAUCGACCAGCGCUGAAAUUUGGAAACAGUUGGACCAAGUGGUAAUUCCCAUUAGAACCAAAGUGGAAGGCAACGAUGAUCAAGAUCCUGUUCGCAUUUUCAGCGAGUUCAAGCCAAAUCUCUACCCUUUGAAUUAUGAAAACGAAAUCAAAAUUCAGACCUAUGUGGAACGGCUGGUGAUGGAUGCCAUUGCGUGCAUGGGCUGCACCAACAAGCUCCAGACCAAUCUGGAGAUUUCAUUCUACGGCGUCACUCCUGACAUUAUCGUUGUCUUCCAUCGACGAAAGAUCAUUUUUGUCAUUGAGGUGAAAUCUCCAAGCGUCGAGGUGCGGUCCCGGAAGCGACAGGCGAAACCCCGGAAGAACAAGGCGAAACCAGGUGAUGAUGAUGGUGGUAGUGAUGUUUUCGAGGGUCAGUGGGUGGCUGGGCAAAUAUGGUUGUAUUUGAUGGCCAUGAAACAAUCUGGAGUGGAAAGGCCUUUGGGUGCCAUUUGCACCUUCAACAAGAUUCGACUUGUGUCUUUGAAACCGAUGGACCAUCAUCGUUUCGAAGAAGCCUUGGGCAUGCUGAAAGAAACUGUGGCAACACCUUGGAAACCAGAACAGCAACCGACGAAAGACGAGCAGCAGCACAGCCUCGACCCAGAGAGGAAAAGGGCAUCCGAGAAAAGCUUAAGGUUUGACAAAAAACAACCUGCCACAUCGUUUGAGCCCGAUGCCAAGGAUGGAGUGAAAAUCUUCAAGGCGUUCUUGUAUGGUAGCGUCACGGCAGAGGAGGGCAACGUCUUUCGGAUGUUGUUACUUGGCUUAAUGACUGCGAAAAUCGAGGCAGGCAUCGGUGCGACAGCCAACACAGUAACCGAGGCAAAGGAAAAUGAAGACUUAAGUUGCCGACUGUUCGCUUACGCUACGGAGCAGGGUCUGCGGUUUGCGAUGACAGACGAUAAGCUCAAGGUGAAAAAUGAGUUUCCCCAUCCGAACACCAAGAAUUUUUUCUUGCUGGACACAAUUGGCUCCGGAGGAACUGGAGACGUCUCAUUGGCUGUUUCCUUGAACGGGGCCCGUGCGGCAGUCAAGUUUUACCGAUUCAAGCCAUCGAGAGCGGCAACCCCAGAUGAACGAGCAAAGGACGAUGAGAAAUUGAUUGCGAAGUGCAAGGAGAACCGUAACGAGGAGUUGAGUAGGUGGAAGAAUCUGUACGGGAAGGGUUGUAAGGAUUCCAUUGGGAGAGCGAUGCAGACGGGGCGUGCGAUUAUGCUGAGAGGUCUCCCAAGUUUGCUGAUGCCAUACGGAACUCGGAUUCCAAUGAACAAGCGAGCAGCCUGUCUCGGCGCCAUCGAAGAGCAGUUGAAGCGUUUCCUCAAGGCUGGAUAUGUCUACAAAGAGAGCGAUUUGCGCUGGCGCCAUAUCUUGUUCCUUGGUGAUGGGAAUGACGAGAAAGUCUUUCUUGCAGACCUAGGCUCCCUUCAAACGGUACCCCCUAGCGACCGUUCUGACAAUUCAAAAGUUGAAGAACAGAUGAAUUAUUUGAAAACCCAUAUGGUUAUGGAGGUUGACGGUGGCGAGGACGACGGUGGCGACGCCAAAACAGAAAGUGGGAAGAAGCGACCCCAGCAGCCUACAGGCGGUUCACCGGCGUCCAAGAAGGCGAAGGUCUAGUGGCUCGAGAUUCCAUGCUGCUGGGUGGGGUAAGGCAAACCCCUUGCCCGAACAAACCAAUUGGCGGGAAAGGGACUUGCUAGUUGCAUGCUUCCGUGCUCGUUGCUGUUUUUUCUUUCUGUGGCAGAGCCAUAAGAAUAAGUGGUAUCCAUUUCAAUUGACUU